UACUGUCAUUCCAUUAAAUAAACUAACUUGUUUAGGGCAGCAAAAUAAAAAAUCUCCGAAUACGGAAUGAAAGUUUCCUUGUAGGAAAAAAAACAAACAACUUUGUACAAGUGCGCAAUCAUUUUCGGUGCAGCUUGAUUUUCCUGCGACGCCCAAAAAAGAUCUAACCGACGCUAUUUUUGGCAUAGACCUAUUCGGCUAACUCAAUGUUGUACCCAAUCCAAAUCUCCCGGGGAUAAGAUUCUUUGUGUAUUGCAUUUGCAUUAUAAUGUGGCAUUCACAUUUAAAUGAUAUGGAAAUUCCUGAAAGGGUUUGAAUUGGGUACAUUGAGUUAGCCGAAUAGGUCUAUUGGGCCAACAAAAACCUCUGAAAGUACAUUCCGAACCUUAAGGGUUUGUUGCGCUGCAUGACUCUUCCUAGCGUCGUUGUUCCACAAAAAAAGGAAAUGGAGCCACCAAACCAAAAUGCGAGCCAGAUUGCCAGAAUACAUAUUAAUAUUACUAUUUUCAGGGGAAUGCCCACGAAUCGACGCAAACGGCGCGCCCCGCAGAAGUAAACAAUGUAAUAAACGCGAUUGAUAGACUCUUGCAAACUUUACAACUUCCCGCUGGCACACUGCCGACAGAACAGAUGACAAUGUUUGUGAAAAAUCCUUGUUAUCAUACCCAAAUAAAUUCUGCAAAUCCUGCAGCAUUCGUUUGGAACAAUGUCGGUUUCUUUAUAAAGUGGUCUUCUUAUUCCUGGACUCUUGUCGCCCAUCGUUAACACAUGCUUUAGCUUGACCCCGAUUAACAAAUCACUCUUUACCACCCAAGUGAAGAUGGUUUGUUCAUAACAUAAUUUCCCCAGGUCUACCCCCACUUAAAAAAAUAGCGGCUGAUAAGCACGUGUUUGCUAAGUUGCCAUUGGUCACUCUUUUUAUUAGCAAUUUGACGCGUUUGACAGCUGUCGUCUGCAUGAAAGUGAGAUUCGAGGCCAAGGUAACCAGAGGUUUUUCUCUCUCUCCUCGUCGCUUUCGUGACUCGUUGUCACCGCUUCGCGGUUUGCUCUUGAUCUCUUUCGCGAAGAAAAAUCAAGAAAAACCUCUGGGACCAGGGUAAUGGUUUUUCGUCAGUCCAGUUCAAAUCAAAUACAGAAUAUUCUGUAAAUUCCGUGUUUUAGAGUACUACGUAUAUUCCGUAUUUUACAACUGAUUGCAUGUAUUCCGCCAUUCUGCCGAAUGGGGUCACCCAAAUAUUGGGGAGGACAUCAUAAAAAAAUAUAGGAGACCGGUAGGACUUUUAAAUCGAUGAAAGUGCCUCACUCAUUUUGAAACUUCAUUUUAUAAUAUGCUUCAUAAUUUGUUUCCACAAUAAUAUUUAUGAUAUUUAGAUGAUAACCAGUGCACAACGCACUACUUGUCACAUUGCCGAUUGGACAGCCUACCAUGCACUCAAACUCUUGCGCAGGAAAGUUACAGAAUGAAAUUAUUUUUUGCUGCACUCAGUCACAUUCCUUUACACUGAAACCUUGGCUAAAAGGUCUCUUUUUAGAUCUGUAGAUUUGUAAGGUAUUUCGAAAUACCCGCACAUGUCUUUCAACACUAACAUUGAAAGAUGAAAGUUUGUUGCUGUGAUAAUUAUGACAAAGAUUGUAAACAUCAAAUAUAAUUGGAUGUUUUAAGCCCAAAUAUUCUAUCACCUCUUCAACAGCAUGGAGGGGGAAAUGGGGGCUUACGGUAUUGAGUUUUUUUUCAAGCGGUAUUUCGGUAAUUUGGAUUUUAAAGUGGGGUAUUGCGGUAAUAUCAUUUAGCCCUGCGGUAUGCGGUAUUUCUUCCUUUUGGUUAACGGUCUUCGGUAAAAGAAGAUCACGGUAUUGCGGUACUGUUCAUUGCCCUCUCCUGUUUAAUGCUAGCCUGCGUAGCAGGCGUUUGGAUCACCCCUCGCGUGUCUCCCUCACGCGCGCCCGUUCUCUCUCGCGCCCACUACUUCCAAGCGCCUGCUACGCAGGCUAGUUUAACGCACGUCAGUAUUUUUAAGACUUUAGAUUAAUGGUAAAUGAUUACCAUUACACAAUUUCUGACAAAUAAUCUGUGAUGAAAUUGGUAGGGUAUCUUUUUCGUUCGUUGUACCGAUCAGUUCGAGGUCGUCUCACGUUUCCUCGCAAAAUUAAACAGGAGCCCAUCAAUGAUGGGCUCCUGAAUUAAAUUAAAUUGAUUAAAUACCGCAAUACCGUGAGAAAAAUUGGUAAAUACCGAAAUACCGUGUCAAAAAAUCGACGAAAUACCGAUACCGCAUUUAUUUUCCAUAUUGGGUACCUACCAAUGUGCCCCCUAGCAUGGCGUUGCUCUCCAACUUCGUCACCUUUCUUCAGGUCCGCUGACCCCUACACGCGCUGACCCGUAACGUCCGUUGGAAUGUAUGUAACGAAAUACAACCAGUCCACAUUCAAAGUACUUGGAGACUAGCUGAGGCUGAAUUCAUCAUCAUUAAUACGAAAAACACAAAACUGUUUCACUUCA